GAGGCACCAGCGGCUCUGGACAAGAUUCCUGACCCAGGGGACAAAAAUGCUGCAACUGGCUGUUAUUUUCCUUCUCGCACCUGCGAUCGGAGGACAGGUAAUAGCCUCCUGGCAGACAAAGGUCAAAGUGCAGGACAUCUCUCCGGAUUACUGUGUUUUCCCCUUCAAGUACAAGGAUCACUGGUACUAUUCGUGCACGUCUGUGGACUCUAAGCACAAGCGCUUGUGGUGUUCGCUGACCACUGACUUUGACAAGGAUCAUCUGUGGGGCUACUGCCUGGGCAAUGUCAAUUUCUGGGUCACGACGACUGAGUCUUCGUGUGUCUUCCCCUUUAUUGCGGGGGGUAAAACAUAUAAUCACUGCACUACGGAUUACUGGUUCCCUGGGAUUUCCUGGUGCUCCACUACAGCCAACUAUGAUGGGGACAAAAAAUGGGUGUACUGUCCCUCCUCAGGGGUCCAAGUGUCAAGCAUCAGGACUGGCAGAUGAGCCCCAUUCUACAGCUGCCAAGAAGGCAGUUCCCAUACAUGGACCAUGGGCCCUGAAGAUGGAUGGGCGGAAGCUUUGCUUUUUUUCACUGGGCAUUCCUGAAGACGAGUGAUCAUCGAUUUCAUUGAUUAAACAUAAGCUCAGCUAACUUGAUACUGCUUGCAAUCAAUAAAACAC